AUGCCAGAUAGAGGGCAUCGACUUGUGGAUAGUUCCAUUAGUUCAUUUGGAUCCUUCUUACACCAUCAUCACGAACAAGUAAUGUCUCGUCCACAAGUUACCGUCCACGCUUUGACCGGUGAGUCCAGCUCUGCUGCUCUACCUCUACCAGCAGUCUUCUCUGCUCCAAUCCGUCCAGACAUUGUUCACUCUGUCUUCACCUCUGUGAACAAGAACAAGAGACAGGCUUACGCCGUCUCCGAGAAGGCUGGUCACCAGACUUCCGCCGAGUCCUGGGGUACCGGUCGUGCUGUCGCCCGUAUUCCACGUGUCGGCGGUGGUGGUACUCACAGAUCUGGCCAGGCUGCUUUCGGUAACAUGUGUCGUGGUGGUCGUAUGUUCGCUCCAACCAAGACGUGGAGAAAGUGGAACGUCAAGGUCAACCACAACGAGAAGCGUUACGCCACUGCUUCCGCUAUCGCUGCCUCUGCCGUUGCUUCUCUAGUUUUGGCUAGAGGUCACAGAGUCGAGAAGAUCCCAGAGAUUCCUUUGGUUGUCUCUUCCGACCUAGAGUCCAUCAAGAAGACCAAGGAGGCUGUCGCUGCUCUAAAGGCUGUCGGUGCUCACUCUGACGUUGUCAAGGUCUUGAAGUCCAAGAAGUUGAGAGCUGGUAAGGGUAAGUACAGAAACAGAAGAUUCACCCAGAGAAGAGGCCCAUUGGUCGUCUACGCUGAGGACAACGGUAUCGUCAACGCUUUCAGAAACAUCCCAGGUGUUGAGACCGCUAACGUCGCUUCCUUGGGCUUGUUGCAGUUGGCUCCAGGUGCUCACUUGGGUAGAUUCGUCAUCUGGACUGAGUCUGCUUUUGCUAAGUUGGACCAAAUCUGGGGCUCCGAGUCUGUUGCCUCCGCUAAGUCUGGCUACUCUCUACCAAGCAACAUCAUCUCCACCUCCGAUGUUACCAGAAUCAUCAACUCUUCUGAGAUCCAGUCCGUCGUCAGACCAGCUGGCCAGGCUACUCAAAAGAGAAGCCACGUCCAGAAGAAGAACCCAUUGAAGAACAAGCAGGUUCUAUUGAGAUUGAACCCAUACGCUAAGGUCUUCUCUGCUGAGAAGUUGGGUUCCAAGAAGGCUGAGGAGGCCAAGAAGAUCCAGCCAUCUCAGACCUUCCUAGAGACCUUGAAGCACGACUAA